UUUUUACCUUAUCACUCCCCUCUUCUGUUCCCAAUUCUAUCAGCCAACGACGGUUGUUGGUUUCUAAAAAGAAAGUUGGUGGGAAAAGUGAUAAAAAGAAUAAAGUAGCGUUUAAAAAAGAGGACGAUGUAGAAGAUAAAGAGGAGGCAAACAGUAGAACCUUUGAUAUGACUAAUAUCACAACCAAAAUGACUUCUAUUAUCGGAAGGCUAAAAAAAGAAUAUGGUGCAAUGAGGAUCGGACAAGCAAAUCCAGCCAUUCUUGAUUCCGUGUUAGUACCUCAUAAAAGUGGCAGCACACCUUUAAGGGAGCUUACGCAAAUUACAGUCAAAGAUCCACAAACCUUAUUAGUGCACGUAUACGAUGAAGAAAUGUUAAAAGAUAUUGAUAAAGCUAUAAGAUGCGCAAACCUUAAUUUAACCCCAAUGAUUGAUGGAAAAGGUUUUAAAGUGCCUAUUCCAAAAGUCACGACUGAAUUUCGUGAAAAGAUGAUUAAAAUCGCGUCCAAAAUUGCAGAAAAUACAAAAACAAAGCUUCGCCUUGCGAGGCAAGACGGAUUAAAAGAUUUGAAAAAAGACAGUAAAAAUGGAUUACCGAAUGAUGAGGCAAAAUUAUUGGAAAAACAGUUAUAUCUAAACUUGUUCUGUUUAUUAUUAGGUGAAUCUGGUCUCGGAAAAACGACUUUUAUCAAUACUCUUUUUACGACUACCAUCAAGGAAAAGAAAAAUCAAGCCAAACGGCAUGCUAAGCAAACCGAAAAGACUGUUGAAAUUGAAAUAACAAAAGCUGAAGAAAAAAUGUUUAAUGUAAAACUUACGGUUAUUGAUACUCCCGGAUUCGGUGACUAUGUAAACAAUCGAGAUAGUUGGUUACCAAUUGUCGAAUUUAUCGAUGACCAACAUGAGUCAUAUAUGCGUCAAGAACAACAGCCUCUUCGUAAAGAGAAGUUGGACAUGCGUGUUCAUGCUUGCCUUUAUUUCAUUCGUCCGACUGGACACACAUUAAAACCUUUGGAUAUUGAGAUUAUGAAGCGCUUGGGCUCCCGUGUAAACUUAAUUCCGGUCAUUGCUAAGGCAGAUACUCUGACGCCCAAAGAUUUAGAAACAUUUAAGAGAAGAGUUAGAGAAGUUAUUGCCGCUCAAAAUAUUCAAGUUUACCAAUGUCCAACUGAAAGUGAUGAUGAAACAAGCACCAAACGAAAUAUGGACAUUAUGGCUGCUAUGCCAUUUGCAAUCAUUGGUAGUGACGAAGACGUUAUUGCCCUUGAUGGACGUAAGGUAAAAGGAAGACAAUACAGUUGGGGCAUUGCCGAAGUCGAAAAUGAAGAUCAUUGUGAUUUUAAAAAGCUUCGCGCUCUUCUUAUUAGGCCAAAGAAACUUGAUAAUCCUAAAUUCAAAGAAGAAGAAGAAGCUCUUCGAAAGAGGUUCACAGAACAAGUUAAGCAGGAAGAGAAUCGCUUCCGACAAUGGGAACAACAUCGUGAUCGCCUUAAUAAGGAUUUAGAAGCAGAACAUUCUCAUAUUAAAGCUUUGGAAGCUGAAUUGGAACAGAUUCAAGCGGGAACAUCCAGAGGUAGAAAGUAG